AUGUUAGGCGAAACAACUUUGAAGAUGUUCGUGUUCAAGCUGAAGCACACUCAUAACUUCCAGUACCUUCUCAUCUAUGAUCCCACGGACUAUGAUGUCACAAUGCCGCAGAUUGGCGAAGCAUACAAGGUACAUUUCGUUACCACUACGGCCAAUGCCACCUCAACAGCCAAUGCCGAUGGCGCGAGUGAACAGCCGGUUUCUCAAGAACAGACGGCCGAAGCCGACAACUGCUCCGAGUUAUGGCUCAGCGCAACACGCAUUGGUCUCCAGAUCCUAUACCUCGACUCCAAGUACCAAGUGCUCGCAGUAAGAGCUCCUGUGGACAAGGAAGCAGAGAGCGGCGAUGACAACGCAUCUCCGGUAGCAGUCAACAUACCCGUCAACUUCAUUGUACCUGAGCCACAACAGGCUAUUUGA